CAAACGCGUGAGGCAACCGUGUGGUGUUGACGCGUUUCUGCACUUUCCGCUCCAUGCCUUCGGCUGAGGAACCCGACCGGGCUGUUCACAACCACCACCUGCAGAAGGAAGCUGCAUAUGCAAGGAAAGCAGGUUCACUCAAGUCCAACAUCUAGGUAUCGACGAUUCAGAUUGUGUCGCCCCUAUUCAGUCGUACCAGCAGCGCUCACAUACCAACAUACGCCCCACAAACCUACUCCGACGCUCUCAAACCCACCCUCGCCGCAAAACCAGCAGGCAUGAUGACCACCCAACUCGACCCCAGCGAAUCCACCACCCCACCACACGGGUUUGCCUCCGGCUUUAAACCGCAGAGCGCGCCCGUAUCGGCUGCCAACGCCCGCUUGUGCCAUAUUUGUGGGAAUACGUUUGCGAAAGCGUCGUUGCCGGCGCAUCAGAGGAGCUGCUUGCGCAAAAGUGUGCGAACCGGCAACAGGAACUCGCGGACGGGAUCAGUGUAUCCGUCGUUUGCGGGUGGGCCGGAGGGACAGAGCUUCAUGAUGAGUUGUGGCAAAAGCGGUGGUGGUGACUCAGUCGCCCGUCACAGACUAUCAGCCCCCUUCUCAUCCCCCUCCCGCCCCGCCCAGCCGACCGCCGGCCGUUCCUCCACCGCCACGCCAACGAAACAACCCUUCGCCAACAGACCCGAAUGGGCGUCAUCCCCCAACUUCAGCGGCCACCCCGUCCACGACGACGAGGAGCGGUCCUACUACAGCCCCACCCGUCACCACCGUGACGACCCGCAUCCAUCCCACUAUGAUGAACCCUUCGAAGACGAAUCCCCACCUCACGACCGACCCAUCCGCAGGACAGCGGCCGCCGCAGCCGAGUAUGCGCCGAAUAGGUACGGCGCGACCCCCAGCGGGGGGAGCAUGCAUCACAACAGCAACACGCCGGCAAGCGCAAGCCGGUUCGUCCCGAAGAAGACGAUCAUCGCCCAGCACCCUGCUAGCGCGCAUACGAGAGCGGCCAGGAGCAGUGGGGGUGUGCACCCGAAUCAGAAUCAGAAUCACGCAGCGCAUCGCGCACCGCAGGAGGGGAGGUAUAACACCCAUUCAGAUGAAGAGUGGCCUGCCUCUCCGGGACGCAAACCCGUGCACCAAGAGAGAUUCCAUGAUUCUCCCCCACCACCGCCCGCCGUUCAAGAAAAAGCGAUUGGAAUCCCCCACGCAACAGAAGACGACGACCCGAACAACUUCAGCUGGCGUGAUUUCGCUCCUUUGGCGCGUGAGCCUGUCCCCGCCGCGCCUGAUGUGCGUGAACAGUCGAACAAGGGCAGGCAGGAGUGGGAUGAUGGCGCGGGGGAUGUGGAUACGCGGUUACCGUGUUUGAUGUGUGGAAGGAAGUUUUUGGAGCAAGAUCGAUUGGAUAAGCAUAUGGGAGCUUGCGCGAAGGUGAAGAAGCCCAGGAAGACGUAUGAUGCUACGAAGGCGAGGGUUAAGGGGACGGAAUUGGAGCAGUAUGCUAGUAAGACGAGGGCAAACUCGAUCCUUGACGACAGAAAGGGCAAAGCCGCCAGCCACGAAGACACCCUCCUCAAACCCCGCGCCUCCAACUGGCGUCUCAAGCACGACAAAUUCAUCCAAAUGGUGCGCGCCGCCCGCCAGCCUCUCGACCGCACAAACAGCACUACCUCCAACAACCGCUCCUCCUCCUCCCUCGCCCCCGGCACCGCCGCCGCGUCCUCCACCGACGUGGACCCGGACCUGGUCCCUUGCACGCACUGCGGCCGCCGGUUCCAGAAGGACACGGCUGCGAGACAUAUACCGUUCUGCAAGGAGUCGAAGCAGAAGGCGAUGUAUAGGGCUAAUGCAAUGCGGCCGGGGCAGAAUGCUGGUGGUGCAGGGAAUGGGGGAAACUUGCCGUCGAGAGAGGAGAGGAUGAAGAUGAGGACGGCAUAUAAGCCGCCGUUGCCCAAGGCGAAGGGCAGUGUGGUUAAGGCGUCACCGGCAAGAGAGUGAUGAGAAGCUCGGUUCACAGCUGCAUGGCGGACUUUGUCGUUUGCGAUUGUGUGACAUUUGCUCGAUAUUAGACAUUGGAAUCACGCACUAUUCCCAAAAUCUGCGCACUCUUAUGCUGAAAUCCGUUUCCUUUGAAUGCUAUGAUGUACACUACUUGCGCUGUUUGGACGCCUUCUUGAAGUCUCCUCCACUGGCAGGGCGGUUGAAACCACCGCGCUCGUCUUCCAGACCAAUGAUCGGCCC